UACAAUUUCUCCUCUAUCUUCUGCUAGCCGACAAACAAUGAGGUGCAGCUGAAGCCCAAAACGACGUCAUUCAAGUCCUGCCGCGCCAAGGGGCAACCCGCAAAUGCCAAUUCGGGUCCUCUUCCUCUCCCUUUCUCUCUCUCCGCUUCCGCCCAUCAAUGGUGAUUGAAAACCCAACCGUUUGAAGUGCUAUUCCAAGCUCUCACAGCAGUUUGUUGCUGAAAGCCUGAAACAAACACGAGAAUGGGGAGACUGGUAUGGGUUUUUGGAGGAGAUCGUGCUAAAUUCGACGUACUCCAAUGUGUGCAUUGACGAUUCGGAAGAAACAGAAGCUCUCUUCGAUAUUUGAAGUGGAGUUCGAAGUCUAACGCCAAUUUGAAGCCUAUGGCGGGGAGGAUGAAAUCACUGUUGCUCUCCUUGUUCUUGCUUCUAUGUUGCAAUUCUGUUGUUCGCUCUUCUUCUUCUUCUCCGCCUUCUGUAACCACCAUGCACACCAACAACUGGGCCGUCUUGGUCUGCACCUCUCGUUUCUGGUUUAACUAUCGACAUAUGGCCAACACUCUAUCGUUAUACAGGACAGUUAAACGACUGGGUAUACCUGAUGAGAGAAUAAUACUCAUGCUGGCAGAUGACAUGGCUUGCAAUGCCAGGAACAAGUAUCCUGCCCAAGUUUUCAACAAUGAAAAUCAUAGACUUAACUUGUAUGGAGAUAAUGUUGAGGUGGAUUAUCGCGGUUAUGAAGUCACAGUUGAAAACUUUUUACGAGUUUUGACUGGGCGUCAUGAGACUGCUGUUCCAAGAUCAAAGCGUCUUUUAAGUGAUGAAGGAAGCCACAUUCUUCUAUACAUGACAGGGCAUGGAGGAGAUGAAUUUCUGAAAUUUCAAGACUCAGAAGAGCUGCAGAGUCAUGAUUUAGCUGAUGCAGUGAAACAAAUGAAAGAAAAGCGUAGAUUCAAGGAGUUGCUGAUAAUGGUAGACACUUGCCAAGCAGCCACUCUUUUCUCUCAGCUUCAUUCACCUGGUGUUCUAACCAUCGGAAGUAGCAUGAAAGGAGAAAAUUCAUACUCACACCACUUAGAUUCUGAUGUUGGUGUCUCUGUUGUGGAUCGUUUCACCUUUUACACCCUUUCCUUUUUUGAAAGGCUAAAUAUGUAUGAUAAUGCUUCAUUGAGCAGUCUUUUCAGUUCAUACAAUCCAAAUUUGUUGAUGUCAACUGCCUAUUACCGAACAGAUCUAUACCAACGACGGUUGGAGGAGGUACCUGUAACAAACUUUUUUGGUUCAGUCAUGGAGACAAUUCAUACUGAUUCAGCUUAUAGUGCUCCCUCCAGCAAAUACUCCAGCAACGUUAAAAUUGAAAUGCCAUUGGAGCUGUCCACGCACAAUGAUGGACAGAGAUUGUUAAUAAACUCAAAUGAUCUGGAUGAUAUUAGUUACCCAGACAGAAAGGAUCAACAGGGUGCUUUUAAACAAUUAUGGAGUACCAUGGACAAAAUUGAAAACACCGAUAGCUUUGUAAACUGUGGCUUGGUGAUAAUGCUGUUUGUGGCUGUAGUUUCUACCUGCUUAUCAAGAUGAAGGUGUAAAGCAACAUUCUUUAUUUGAUUUUUCUGUCCUUUAGACACUUAUUUUGACACAUUUAUCAAAACAGCCAGCGUUCAACUCUCUCUAAAUGUGUUAUGAGAAUUUUGAUCCUCUGCAGAAUUUCCACUCAAGUAGAUUUCCUUUGAACUUCAGUUCCCAUUAUCAAAUUUGCUUCUCCUA